CGCACUCGAGCGUCGACUUCCGAACGUCCAAGUCAUCGGCAUCGUCGUUACACAGGACGGCGACUUGAUACUGGUUAACGGUCCAGAAUUGAUACGCGACGCUCUCAGCUAAUUGAUAAAACAAACAGUGACGAAGAAGAAGGAAUCAUUCACUCAUCAGUCAAGAAUCAUGAAGCUGCUUCUACUCGUUGCUCUCGUUGGGAUUGGAGCCUCGGCCAUUGGGGCUACCAGCUAUGAGGUGACCGAUCAAGUUUAUCUUGAUAUAAUGAUCGAUGAUUAUCCGGCUGGUAGGAUAAUCAUUGGUCUAUUUGGCAAGAUUGCUCCUAAGACCGUCAAGAACUUCGUGACUAUAGCCACAACUGGUAUUAAUGGAAGAUCGUAUUCCGGUUCGAAAUUUCAUCGGGUCAUUAAGAAAUUUAUGAUUCAAGGUGGUGAUGUUGAGAAGGGCGAUGGCAGUGGUUCCAUCAGUAUUUAUGGAAAAUAUUUUAAUGACGAAAAUUUCGACGUUAAACAUACGGGACCAGGUUUCGUCAGCAUGGCCAAUGCUGGAAAGAAUACAAACGGCUGUCAAUUCUUUAUCACGACUAUAGCGACGCCAUGGUUAGACGGACACCAUACGAUCUUCGGCAAGGUCGUCGAAGGCAUGGACGUGGUCUUCAAGAUUGAACAAACAGCAACGGACACAGAAGACAAACCCAUCAGUCCCGUUGUAAUUCUCGAAAGUGGAACAAUCCCCGUGACGGCGCCAUUUUUCAUUUCCGACGAUCCAUACGAGUAAAGAACGAAGGCCUCCCCGUACAAAAGAAAAUUGAAAAAUUUAGCCAUAUAUCGAAAUCUCGUUAACAAAAAAAAUGACAAUUCGCUUGUACAUAGUAGACAUAGUUAUUUUUGGAAACACUUUUAUCCUUUUGAAAAUUCUUCUAGCACCGAAGCGAACCUACGUGUACAGUCCUUUGACAAAUAAACGUAUUGCAUUUAAGUAAAAAAUUUGCUAUAUCCGUACAAGGGACACGCACAAGUCAUACAAAUCAAAGUCAAGGACUGUACAGUAAGUGUAUAUGCGUAGCGUAUCUAUACUCUACUUGUCCUACAUAUCUCAUCCCCCUCAUAAAAUCAGUUUUCGUUCUAGUAGAUGAUUAGGUGCACGCAAGUGACUCUCAACCUAUCCCUGACUGAAUGAUCAUUCAAUGACCAUAGCAGUUAGUACGUCAGAACGCAAGAGAGUCACUGAUUGAUCUGGUACAAGUGCACGCUAGUUAUCAUUAAAGCUAUACCUAUAUAGUAUAGGAUCCGGUGUGUUCCACUUGAUACCAAAUACUCUUUAGUAGCGUAGAAAAGCUCUCGUAGUAAAUUACUAAGUUUUAUUUCAUACAGUCACGCGUCGCUUAUUGAUUCAUUGUCUAGAUCAUUGUUCUGCUUAAUUUCUACGGUUGAAUGACGAUGUUGACUGUAGUAGUAGCGUAAUGUGCAAAUUCGAUUGACGCGACUCGCGUGGCUGUACGAACGAAAAGACUGACGUAGCUCGCUGAUAUUUUCAAAUUAGAUCAAUUCACUUUCGCUUUUCAUUCAUUCGAUUGUUUUCGCAAUGAUAAUCAUUUAUAUUAUACUCUUUUGGAGAUUA